UGUUGUUUGCUAAACUAGGAAUAUUAUGAAUAUGAAUUAGGCUAAUAAUUAUUGAAUUGUUUAGAAGUAAAGGUGGUUGGUUACCUUAUUUACUUAAGUAAGUAAGCUUAUUUAAUUGCUCCAGCGAUGGAAACAUUAAUAUGCAUAUGUAAAAACAAUUUGCUGAAUUUAGGCUACCCUUUAAAACUACCUGUGAGAUAUGUAAAAAGUUUUGCAAGAAGUCAAGUUCGCAGACAAACUGGGACGCCCCCUCAUGAAGGAAAAUCAAUUCAACAGAAACUUCAAGACGUAAAUUACAAAGAUCCAUCAGUUUACUACAAGGUGGACAUAGGCUUUCCACGGGACUCACAGCACGUUGUUCCCUCAUCCGAGAAAACUGCCUAUUUGAAAAAGAUCAAGCAAGAUAUUGAAUUGGAGAAAAAAGCUAGGAAAAAUGAACUUAUUGUAAACCUUCGAGAAGUUUACGAUGAGUGGGCUAAAGAAAGUGGACCAGCCCAAAUAAAAUCAGCUGCUGAACACUAUGGUGUUUUUCAAGACUUAUUUGGCGAUGCUUUUUUCUACCCUCAAGUUAGCCUGGACGUUUCAUUCAAAGUUAAAGAAGGCUUACUGCCCGUCUGUAGGGGGAAUCUGUUGAAGCCUAGUCAGGCUCUGUCUGCGCCGGAGAUAAGUUUCCAGUCAGAUCCGGAUUCAUUGUGGACGUUGGUAGUGACAAAUCCAGACGGAAACUUGCUCAAGGAAAACUCUGAGUGUUUACAUUGGCUCAUAGGAAACAUUCCCGGCAAUGCAGUUCAUAAGGGAGAGGUUGUCGCUGACUAUAUUCAGCCGUUCCCAGCUCGGGGUACAGGCUUUCAGCGAUUUAUUUUCACCCUCUACAAACAGACUGAGAAAAUUGAUUAUUCUGCGUUGAAAAUACCUUCUAAUGAAGUUAACUUAGACAAACGGAUAUUCAGCACUUACGACUUCUACCAACCUCGCCAAGACCACCUUACACCCGCUGGCCUCGCCUUCUGUCAGGUGGAUUGGGACCAUUCUGUGUCAAACUUCUUCCACACGGUGCUGAACACGGACGAGCCUGUGUUUGAAUAUGACUUUGCACCUCACUACUACACUCCGCAGCGACUGUUUCCCAUCAAACAGGCCUUCAACUUGUACAUGGACCGUUAUCGAGACCCAAAGCAAAUUGCUAAGGAGUUCUUGAUGAGAAAGCUUGAAAAGAGAAAUCCUUUUGAAAGGCCUAAGCCUCCAUUGAAAUAUCCCAACGCUGUAAGAGUUUACCACGAUCUCAAUGAGAGAAUCUACGGUAAAAUACCUUCAUGGCUGAAAAGAGAGAAACUCAAAUCCAGGCUUGGCUUCGGGAGAAUAAACGAGUAUUGAUUUUAGUUUGCUUUUUUUGUACAGAGAUAAGUGUUAAAUAAAAAAAAUGUAAUGCCUAA